CGCGCCCACUUCAUUUCACCAUAGUGGCCGACUUUUUAUUUGAGUUGGCUAUUCAUCUCUUCUGGAAAAUAUAUUUCGAAUUUGCUCAAUUUUCUCUCUUUGCCACAAUGCCACCAGCUGCAGCACCAGCAUUAGCAAAACAGGAGGAGGGGACAGGGGUGAAUGCUAUUCUUCUCGGCCCACCAGGGUCUGGAAAAGGUACCCAGGCUCCUUUGAUGGCUGAAAAAUUCUGUGUUUGCCAUUUAUCAACAGGAGAUAUGUUACGAGCUGUAGUGGCAUCAGGUAAUGAAUUAGGUAAACGAAUCAAGAAAGUAAUGGAUGAUGGUCAGCUUGUAUCCGACAACCUUGUCGUAGAAAUGAUUGACCUCAACUUAAAUAAACCUAUGUGUCGGAAUGGAUUUUUAUUGGAUGGUUUCCCAAGAACCGUAGGUCAAGCAGAAGCUUUAGACAGAUUAUUGGAGAGAAGACAUACAUCAUUAGAUGCUGUAAUUGAGUUUUCUAUAGAUGAUUCUCUAUUAGUUCGACGUAUUACAGGACGUCUAAUUCACCCAUCUAGCGGUAGAAGUUAUCAUGUCGAGUUCCAUCCACCUAAAGUACAUAUGAAAGAUGAUCUGACCGGUGAACCACUUAUUAAGAGAUCAGACGAUAACGAAGAGGCAUUAAAAAAAAGAUUAGAUUCUUAUCACAGACAAACAAAACCAUUGGUUGAUUAUUAUAGUAAAAAAGGUUUACACGUGGCAGUUGAUGCUUCACAACCUCCUAAAACAGUUUUCGCUGCUAUCUGUGCCACUUUUUCUGCUGUGAACUCAAAAGAUAAAGUAGCAUUUAUGUAAUUUUUGUAGAAGUUUUUUAAAUUCACAGAUUUAAUCUAUGGUAUUUAAUCUAUUGGUACGGACUACGCAAUUCAAUGUAUACAAACAUGAGAAUUUUAGCUGUUAAUUGGCUGAGAGCUAAAAUUUGGGCCUAUGAAAAGGCAGUAUUCUUAAAAUAUUGAUAUUCAUUUUAUUGGUACUGAUAUAAAUUAACAAGGACUAUGCAACUCGAUCUAUCUAUUCUAGCCCGGAAAUACUGCCUGUUCAUUUGCUAAGGUCGAAAUUUUGUGCUAGGAUCUUGGCUAUCAGCCAAUGAAAAGGCUGUAUUUUUAAAAGAUUUUAAUUUAAAGAUGCAUUAUGUAAGAGCUAAAUCUCAGGAUUUUUUUUGGCUUCAAAUGAUAUAUUUAGACAUUUAUUUGCAUGACAUUCAAUAAUCAACCCUCUAGAUCAUUGGAUGUAACAGAUUAUACCAUUUAAUGAUUUCAUUUAAAAAUGGAAAAGUGAGACUGAGUCUCGAUUAACAAGUAACGUUGCUGCAAGGAUAAAUAAUUUAUUUAUAUCAAAACUUCAAACAGUGAUAACUUUGCUUAUAAUAAAGUAAUUUAAAUGAAAUUUCCAAUAUAUUCAUUUUUCAUUAUCUAUUUUCGAACUAUUAUAGCAAAACGGCCAGCUCUUUAUCUAAAUCUUACAUAAUGCAUCUUUAAUAUUCAAAUUAAUGACUUAAAUAAAAAAUUACCAACUUUUUACAGUUUAAUAACAUACAGUGUUUAUUUGUGCCUUUAGUGGAAUAUUGGAAAGUCAGAUUUGUUAUUAAAAAACAGUUUGGAUGUUAUUCAAUAAUUGACCUGGAAUACAAAGGUUACAAUUCUAUGGAAUACAAUGAUGUGACAUUUAAACUCUUUUUAUACCCAAAAUUGAGAUUAAAUAUAUACAUGUUACAAUCUUACUUUCUCACAUGUGUUAUAUUAAUGUGCUGAUAUGGGUACUAUAUGUUUUACCGAUAUCAGCAUGUUCUAGAAGCAACGACUGCAAGUUUUACAACAUCUUGACAUUGCUAGAUUGCUUUGCAAUUCCUGAACUUAUAGCUACGUUACCUCCCUUUACUGCAGACACAUGAACAGUAGCACCCAAUCAGAGAUUAUGACACAAACACACUCAAGUCAAACCUUGACAUUGAUUCUCUUGUCUUCUAUCAAACAAAUAUAAAGACAUGAGAACCCUCAUCAAAACAAAACGUAACUUGUAUUCCGUAGAAUUGUGUCCUGUGUAUAUUUGCAUGGACCUUGUAAUAUAUUGACUGGUAACGGCUUAAUGACCCUACCAGCAAUGGGUGUCAUACAGGAAUUUGAGACAGCUUAUCGGAAGUUAUUAAUGAGUUAUGUCCCUUAGCAGCAUCUGUGGUUACCUGGUAUGUCCUGUGUAUAUUUAUAAUUAAUAGUUUGCUGGUUACGGAUAGGGUAAUUAACAGUAGCAAUAAAUUAAAUAACAUAGAAUUAGUAGUAUUAUAUUUGUAACUUACGAUGUGAUAAUCAGUGGUGCAGGAACACGCUUGACUGGGUUGGUGUUCAGAGACGAACUUUACAGGUAGUCGGCAAAAGGCCUAUUUUGCCAACCCACAUUUUUGUUCAUAGGUAAUUUUGCAUUCUACAAGAUAGAGUUAUGUGAGUAGUCUCCAGCAGUUAACCCUUAUAUGACCUAGCAUGCACAGCCAUGUAUAUUUCAUCCGUUUGAAGUAGGUAUAUCCUUACAUAUAUACUAAAAAAAUGAUCGAGGAUACAUCAAUUUCCAAAUAUUUUCCUAUGGCUGGGGGAGAAAAACCCUGCCCCCAUAGAAUUUAAAGUCUGCCAACCCACUUGAAAUAAAAGUUCCUGCGCCACAAGAAAUGAUUAGAUGAUUAUUUUUCUAUAAAUUUUUCUAACACUAUUUGAAGAGUACAGUACUGAAGUGGCAGCACCAAGGGGGUGGAGACUUACAAAAAUCAAUGGAUGUAAAUUUGAUAUGAUGGGAACCACAUCUAUGCACCAAUAUUUCUGGUAAUGCGAAGGUGCAAACAAUCUGAUUAAAACACAGAUCCUAUUUCGUUUCGUUUUUUAUAGUUCAAAGUUUCAUUUUUCUUGUCUUUACUACACUAGGAUCUGGAAGAGUUGUUAUAUAACCCAUGUUCUGGUUAAUGUGAGGGAUUAGCCAAUGAAACAGUCUGUUAUGGAACUGUAGGUAAACCACUAGAAACGUCACCGCUGAUUGACGCCAUAGGGUCAAAUGCCGCUCGUAUGACCCCUGAUGCGACCUUCCACUACAGCUGGUCAGAUCUUCAUGUAGUGUAGGUCAUCAAAAGUAUAAAAAAAACGAAACGAAAUAUAGAUCUGUAUUUGAAUCAGAUUGAGAUGCAAAUAUUUGUGUAGAUUGUGAUCCUUUACAAGUACAUUCUUCAAAUAGUGUAUUUUGCAGGGUAAUUUUUGAAAAUUUUCAAUGAAAACCCAACCAACUCCCACUGAAAAAUGUUUUGAAAACCCCCUCACCCCCUACUGAAAAAUUCUGGUGCUGCCACUCGUACUGUAAAAUUUCUUUGUAUUUGUGUGAUGAAAUUGAAAUGAAUAUUACUAAUACAUUUGAGGUUCUACUCAAUUUUAUUAUAGGUAUUGCUGAAUCGUUUAAAUAAUUGUAUAUAACUUAAAAGAUGUUUAGAGUCGACUCAAUUUAAUAAAAAGUAUUGCUGAAUCAUUGAAAUAAUUAUCUAUAACUUGAAAGAUGUUUAGGAGUCGACUCAAUUUAAUUAAAGGUAUUGCUGAAUCAUUUAAAUAAUUAUCUAUAACUUGAAAGAUAUUUAGAGACUCCUCAAUUUAAUAAAAAGUAUUGCUUAAUCAUUGAAAGAUAUUUAGAGUCGACUUGCCAAUUUGUUGAAAUAAUUAUCUAUAAGAUGUUUGAAUGUACACAGACACUGAUGCGAGUUUGUGUAUUUGGAUCAAUUCAAAUUUACUUGAAUUCUAUAUGGUAUUAAACCAAGACUUAUAAGGAAAAUUUUAUCAUACAGUGGAGCUCACAUUGAAUGUCGACUUUACUAUUCAUUAUUCCAAUGCUAUUUACAUAUUUGAUUGACUGGAAUUGAUAAUUUCUGGUGCAUUUUGGGGUUUCUAAUUUUAAAUCAAUAUAUUUUACUGUAUCUGUUUGUUUUGGAUAUUAGUUGAUUUCCUUGAAUUAAUUUUAGUAAAUUAUAUUUCAAAGUUGACAAACACCAGUCCAAAUUCCAUUAUUUUAAAUAAACAUUGAUUAACGAAAGCUAAAAAUUUGGUAGGAAUAGGCCUGAAAAACUAUAGAAAUCGAUUAUUUUUAUUAGUUCUAACUCUUCGGUAUCUUGUUUCGUUCCAUUGCACAAUACCCUGGGUUCAUUCACAGGGGCGAUGCAUAGUCAAAUUAUCUGCCCUUGAUACUUGGGCUAUUUUUUUUCGACCAAUCGAGUGAGCGAAGGGAAAUAACUCACCUUUUAUUGCAACUAAGAUUAUUGUAAACAAUGAAUCUAAGACUGGUACAUAAACACUUUUUUGAUUGGUUUGAGAAUCAACAAACGACCCAAGGGCAGAUAAUUUGAAUUUGUGGAAAGCCUGUAAAUGAACCUAGGAUAUUGUGGAAUAGAACGGAAUGAUACUACCGGGGAAACUGAGGAUGUUGUGAGCUCUGAAUUUAACAUUAGCAACCUACUUUAUGUUUUAAGGCUUUUAGACCUCAAGGGCUCUCCUGGUUUCAUAUCGAGAGUUUGUAACUAGAAAUCGGUGAAGGGCUGCUGUUGUUAUUUGAAGGGUUUCAGAAUGUUUAUACAUUUGAUUAUCCUUCAGCCGGCUUUUCAUGUACGUGUUUCAGCCGGUUACGAUCCCAUUACAUUUGCUUUAGAUGCACGUACAUGGAAAACAGGCCUUAAUCAGUUUUGGGGAAAAUAUUGAAAAUCAUUUACAAGUUCAAGGCAGAUUGUCUUUAUUAAUCAAAACUAGCCACUUUAACUUUGCCUCAAUGUUUGCCAGCUGUUAUUUUAUUUUUAUUUUGGCAACAACAUUUCACUCGAUGAGUCUAUUAGGGUAGGAUAUAUAGUUUUAUUUAAAUCAUGUUACACUAUCAAUGCUGGUAACUCUUAAUCACAUAAAAUGCUUCAUUUAUCUUUAAUAAUGGAACUGGAAUUCCACAGGACACAAUUUUAUCGAAUAUAAUUAUACUGAGCUAUGUUUUACUAUCAUUGCUUGAUACAGAAAAGUCAACAAGGCUUCUCUUCGGGAUGUUGAUAAAUAAAUGGCCACUUGAAUCAUGUGAAAGAUGUUUAGUUUAAAAUUUCAAAACCUAAAAAUUUUGUCUUAAAUAUUGCAUACCAGAAGCCUAUAUUUUCACAGUAAGAUAACAACAUCAAUGUUGAUUUAAAUUGACCAGUAAGUCGUUGUUUGCAAUGUCGAAAACUGUGGAUGAUAUUGAGUUAGGGACUUGCUUCCUUUAACACUAAUUAAAAUACAGAUGUGACGUCACCUUUGAUGUUGGCGUACCAUUAUUUCAAAUAAUUGUACGUGCAACUUGCCAAUCGUACAUUAUUUAUACUAGUGAAAUAUUGGACUCGCGUGACGUAUUUCACUGUAAAAGCACGUGCAAGUGUCUGCAUUUUAAGUUGUUUAAUGGUCUCGAGCUUAAGACAUUGCGUAAUAUAUUGUAAAAACACUCGGGCCUACGAUCCUCUUGUUGUUACAAUAUAUUACGCAAUGUCUCGCUCUAUACCAUUAAACAAUACAUAAUAUAUCUCAGUAUUAAACAUAAACGGUAUUCUGUAGAAUUGUGUCUGGUGUGUUUCUUCAGAAGUUGAUUAAUGAAAAUUUGCAAAUUACUUGUAAGAUUUGCUAUGUCUUUUUUGACCCUAUUUUGAUGGGAUUGUUAUAUAUAUUAAUACAUGUAUUAUUAUAUGUAGAAUGAUUUCAUGAAAUAAAAACCUGGUUAGACUC